UUUUGUUCAUAAAUUUUGAAAAAUUUAAAGUAUAUAAUGAAUUUUAAAAUUUUAAAAUAAUUUGAAUGAAUUAUCCGAACCCGAACCGAACCCGCAAAGAUCCGAACCGAAUCCGAACCGAAAUUUAGAAAUACCCGAAUGAGGUUGAAAUCUUUGACCCCGAAAUUCGAAUAAAUUCGAACCAAACCAUUCGCCCACCCCUAAAUUUAUUUACCAAUUUGGGGUCUUCAGGAACUCAUGUCAGGCAAUAUGAUCUUAAAUUGGGAGUUAAUUAUAAAUAAAUAAAUAAACUGUUUGCUUACUUCAUGGAAUAUUUUUGGGCGACCUAUAACAACUUAAGAGCCAACAAAAUUGUACUGUGAAAUUUGGUGACCUUUUACGACCACUAGGCCCACAACAAGAAUAUCUGAGGUUAUAAAAGCCAACUCUUUCUCACAUCUUAUGCUCAAAGUAGGAGAGCAAUUCCACUUACAAAUUAUUUGCUACUUUCUGUAAGAGAUAGAGCGAGACAAUGGGUGCUAAUACUUCUUCACCAAAAGAGAGACUUUCGCUGAGCGACCUCCGUGCCAGGAAGUCACGGACACCUAAUUGCAAAGUCAGUCCCUUUAUCGUGGAAAUGAAAAAAGAGAAUCAGUGGAAAUUUCAGUUAAAUGCUCUCAAAGACACAAACAAGCUGCUGGUGAUCGAGUUCACGGCCAAAUGGUGUGGACCAUGUAAAUUCCUUGAGCCGAAGCUUGAAGAUUUAGCGGCUAAGUACACCGAUGUUGAGUUUGUGAAAAUUGAUGUCGAUGUGAUAAUGGUAAUACUUAUCAACUGCCUUUUCUUAUCUAUUUCUCAAAGUCUAAAGAAUAUAACGAAAAUAUUUCAACAAAACUUUUUUGCUUUGAGUUAUAAAUAACGUUUGAUUGACAUACAGAGUGUGUGGAAGGAGUACAACCUUUAUACUUUUCCUGCGGUUAUAUUCAUGAAGAGAGGACAAGAAGUAGACAGAGUUGUUGGUCUGAAGCUUGAUGAGAUAGAGCAAAAGCUCCACAAAUACGCAUAUUCCUUUUGAAAUAUAUAUAUGAAGCUUUUACUUGCAUGCCAAACAAAGCUCCCAUGUUUACCAUAUGCCAAGAAUUGUGUACUGCUAUGUAAAAAUAAAUGUUUUUAAAUUUAACAUUCAUACCAAAAAAAAUGUUUUAACCAAGAUUCAGCAAAAUAAAACCUAAUUUGUAUGAUGUGAAGUAAAGGAAUGGGAAAUUGGAUUUGCAUGUACCCGCCUAGUGUAAUAAUUUUUUUGACUAAUUUGUAUGGUUUACAGAUAAAAAUGAGUAUUAAAAUUUUUAUGGUUUAUUUUUUCUUGAUAUCCCAAACAACCUUAACUAAUUUCUUUACACCAAAAAAAUCUUAACUAAUUUAUAUGUAUAAAAACUCUAUAAAUUAAUACUGGAUAAAUUAAUAAACACCAUAAAUUAAUAAAUUUCUCUGGUCCCAAGUCGAGCCGGUUCAAAAUAUGACACAAAUCUAUAAUUCAGAAAAUCUUAUAUAAAUAUAUAGUUUCAUUAAAAUUAUAUAUUAAUAAUUUUUAUUUAUAUACGUUUUAUAUAAGUACA